AUGCUAAGUAGUCAAUUAAUCAUCCAUGAAGUGUUUAAUUCAAUCGAAUCAGAUUUGCUUCACUUCAGGUUCCGAAUCAAUCGCCAGUCAGAUCCGAAACGGCAGUUUACGAUCGAUCAAGAUGGAACGCUGCGAGUCGCUCAACGCUUGGAUCGUGAAGACAUCAGUAGCUACAAGCUUAUUAUCGAGGCGUUUGACGCCGCCGGCAACGUUGGAACUCAGUUGGUAGCCGUCUACUUACGUGAUGUAAAUGAUAAUGGUCCUGAACCGUAUACGGUACCGAAAUUCUGCGUGUUUCCGGAGAAUACACCAGUCAAUCAGCAGGGCACGUGUGAAAUCCGUUGCACCGAUAAGGAUUCACCUGAAUUCGGACCGCCAUUCAAUAUGCAACUCGAUCAGAGUAAAUGGAGAUUUGGCGACUAUUUGAGUGUGACAUUCGAUGCCCACGGUGACGGUGGUAAUGGAUCGAUGACGAUCCGCCCGUUGGUAGUAUUCGAUCGAGAGGCCGCUAAUCCGGGUAAAAUUCUCGAAAUUCCACUGAUUCUCACCGAUCGCGCGGAUAAAACAAAUCAUGCAUCCGUUCAUGUCAUCAUUGGAGACGAGAAUGAUAAUCCUAUGCACGAUGGAAAGAUGCAGAUCAAUGUGAACUCGUAUCUUGGCAAGUUGAAGAAGACCCAGAUUGGUCGAGUAUAUGUGGAGGAUCUGGAUGAUUGGGAUUUGGGUGAUAAAACGUUCACAUGGAAGGAAUCAUUGCCUGGUUUUGAAUUGUCACCAAAAGGAGAGAUUACCAUGGAUGCUAAUAUGCCCCCUGGUACCUAUCACAUGUCAGCGAAUGUACACGAUAACCGUCGUAAUGAGAACGCAGUUGGAUAUGUGACCGUGAAUGUCUUGCUAGUGCCGGAGGUUGCGUUUGCAAACCAGGGAUCCAUGCAGUUGUUACUAUCAGAGGAUUCUCCUCUGCAAACACCUGAAGAUUUCAUUCGAGUAAACGCUAGUGGUAAGAGCAUCCAGGACAUUUUUACGCAAGAAAUGAUUAAAUACAUGGGCGGAAACGUUUUGCUGGAUGUGUUCUCUGUACAGUUGGAUUACGCAACAUUGCAAACUCGUACCGUUCCGGUGUUGAAUGUUCGUUUCUCAGCUCAUGGCUCUCCUUAUAGAGACUCUACACAGUUGAACGGUUUGAUUUCGGCAAAUCGAGACGAAUUGCAGUCGAAGAUGGGUGUAACCAUUGUUGGUGUGGGCAUUGACAUGUGCAAGUUUACUGUAUGCGAUUCGGGAUGUCAGACGAUAAGCACGGCAGAUUUUAAUGGAGUGGUUGUCUCAGCGAACAGCACUGUACUAGUCGGAGUGAACGCUCAAUCCAAAGACGAGUGUACUUGUCCCGUUUGGCGUCCACCAUCUCAGUGUCUGGCAGGGCUGUGUCACAACGAUGGAGUCUGUCACAACACUCAUCCCGGCUUUUUCUGUGAAUGCCGUAACGAUCUGCUAAAGGGCUCCAGGUGUCAGGGAACAACGAGAUCGUUCUCUGGAGACGGUUUCGCCUGGUACAAACCAAUGCCGGCCUGCACAAGCCUCAACAUUAGCCUGCAAUUCAUGACACUCCAACCUGAUGCUGUUCUUUUCUAUAACGGUCCUAUGGACACGAAAACAACCGAGAAACAGAUCGACUAUAGGGACUAUAUAAUUAUACACCUCAGAGGAGGUCGUCUUGUGAUGGAGAUGUCGAUGAAUGGCAUAGCACCAGUCAACCUUGAGGUGGCAUCAACAGCCUUGAAUGACGGGACGUGGCAUGAACUCGCGUACAUUGAGCUUGUGGUCGACCAAUGUCGCUAUCUUGGCGCAGGCUCGGAUGACUCAUCGUGCCGGAAAUCGCUUUACACACCAGACGAUGACGAACGCCUCAAUAUUGUUGCCCCAGUGCAAAUCGGAGGCCUCGCUCCACUAGCCAACGGUCAAGCCUAUCCAUCAGCAGUACCGAGAACAGCUCUAAACGAUGACGAACGCCUCAAUAUUGUUGCCCCAGUGCAAAUCGGAGGUCUCGCUCCACUAGCCAACGGUCAAGCCUAUCCAUCAGCAGUACCGAGAACAGCUCUAAGUGGAUGUAUUCGUAACCUUAGGGUGAAUGACGAUCAGUACGAUCUAGCAACACCAUCAUAUGAAAAGAAUACUGCGAGUGGAUGCAAACUAUGGGGAGGAGCAUGUGAUAGCAAUGCCAUCGAUAGCCUUACCCAUUGUGUUCAUGGGGAUUGCUAUGCUGAUGUUCAGGGAAGUACAUCACUUGUCCCGAAAUGUAUCUGUGAUCCUGGAUGGGGUGGUGCACGCUGUGAAAAGAAGAUCGAAUGGAUUCAAAUGCAAUCGGGUGGCUUUAUCGAUUAUUUGCCAAAGAUUGCAUUCCCCGAACAGACGAACGACAUCGAGUUGCUUUUUAUUCCCGGACGAGUAAGCGGUGCCGCUGAACUCACUUAUGGAGCGGAUAAGUCACAGAACUACGUUUCAACAUCAGCAGAAAUGACAUCGGAUGGUCUGACGCCAAUGGCCAAAUUUGACCUGGGUGGGGUACGAAAUUCACUCACUCAGCUUCGAAUCAACGAGCUGUCGCUGAAAGAGAACUCUUCCUACUGGAUGCAUUUCACGAGAAAUCCUACUCGAGCGUCGCUAUCUAUCGACGACGCGUACUACACGUCGCAGGUGUUGGAUCCAACUGGUAAUUCGCAGUCGUUUGCCCUACAAGUCAACGAGUUAUUCCUCGGAACGCAUAGUGGUGGACGAGGCUUUCAGGGAUGUGUGGGAACGUAUCGUUGGUCAAACCAGAAUCUUCCAUUGCGCCGGCCAUCCAAUCAGGCAAUCGAUCCAGACGAUGAGAGUAUCGUUUCGAUUACAAAAUCAGAAGGAGUGUCCGAUGGAUGCAGCCUGCUGAUCACCUGCGCCCAGCUUCCUGUCGGUUACUGUAGCGGUGCUAUGGUAUGUAUGGAUUUCUGGAAAGGAGCGUUUUGUACUUGCCCGGAAGGUGCAAAUGCGAUGCUCGGCGAUGAUGGACAGGUAUGUGUGCUGGUAAUGCUGAUGUUGGUGUAUGCUCGCCGUCAAACAACGCCCUUCGAGUCGGUUCGACCAGAAGAUUUGAAUCGUGAUAAUCUCCGACCGUAUGCCAUCGAAGGUGGAGGUGAAGCGGACAAUGAUCAGUACUCGAUAGCAAAUCUGCGGAAACCAGUUAUGCCAAUAGAAGGUAACGGAAUAAUGGGCCCACCAGCACCGAUGUAUACCCGACCGCCAAUUGGUGAGUUGUCCUCGGUUCGACCAGAAGAUUUGAAUCGUGAUAAUCUCCGACCGUAUGCCAUCGAAGGUGGAGGUGAAGCGGACAAUGAUCAGUACUCGAUAGCAAAUCUGCGGAAACCAGUUAUGCCCAUAGAAGGUAACGGAAUAAUGGGCCCACCAGCACCGAUGUAUACCCGACCGCCAAUUGAUGACAAGUUGCGAUCUCAACUACAUGAUCUUGAAUCGGAUCAAAAUGCGGCUCCAUUUGAUGAAAUUCGGAUCUACGAAGAUGAAAAGGACACGGUAUCGGUGGUGACAUUGGAGUCGCUUGGCUCAAUUCCUGACACAGAACGACAACCUGUUGUUCCAAAGUAA